AUGUAUAGGACAGACAGUGUGGAUGCUAAUAAGGCCUGGCAUGAAUCUGCCAGAUGGCUGAUCAGAUGUGGUGCACUACGAGCAGAUCACAAAGCCAAUUGGCCACAGGCGACUGCAUUCGACCUGGCCUAUACAUUACGGGAUGGUGUAUUGCUGUGCAAUCUAUUGAACAUUGUAGAUCCGGGAUGCAUAGAUAUGAAAGACGUGAAUCAAAAGCCACAAUUGGCACAAUUUCUAUGCUUGCGUAAUAUAAAAGUAUUUUUAUCAGCGUGUUCGAAUGUCUUUAGUCUCUCUGAUUCGGAACUCUUUGAACCAUCGAUGCUAUUUGACCUUUCUAACUUCCAUCGCGUUCUCUGCACACUCUCCGCCUUGUCCAAUUGUCCAAGACUGAGGCGAAAGGGUAUACCUGGAUUCUCCGUUGGUCAUGGAAGAUCGCAAGAGGAUAUUUAUAAGGAUUUACAAAGUGCUGGAGCAGGUGCCACAAAUGGAUACGUGGCGUUAAAAACUAGGACUGUGGACGUAGAUGAGUCUCGGGUUUAUGAGGAAUUGCUCUACUUCUCGAGUAAUUCUCAUCGUAACUGGCCUUCUACGGAGAAGAGUAGUGCCAUUUCUGGAGGAGAGAAAAGAGAUUAUGUGAUCCAGGAGCUCGUGGAAACUGAGCGAAAUUAUACAGAGGUUCUCAGUAAUCUACUUAGACAAUUUGUCCGACCAUUGUCGUCGUUACUCCGACCCGAAGAUUCCGCCCGCAUCUUCUUCGGUAUCAAGCAACUCUCAGAGAUCCAUGUGGGUUUCCACAGUCAGCUACGUAAGGCUCGAAACAGCGCCGCGAUCGCCCAAGUUUUCCUCGACUGGCGGGAGAAGUUCCUCAUUUACGGCGACUACUGCGCAAAUCUCACCUUAGCACAAUAUACUCUGCAGGAAGCCUGCGCGCGUAAUGAAGUAAUCAAUCAAGAAGUUAUCAGAUGUGAACAAGAAGCUAACAGUAAUAAAUUUAAGCUGAGCGAUAUACUAUCUGUGCCAAUGCAAAGGGUGCUGAAGUAUCACUUGCUAUUGGAUAAGUUGGUAGAAGAAACUCCUCGCGAGUGGCUAGAGGAUUUCUGUGCAUUGACAAAGGCGAGGGAAGUGAUGGUCGAUGUUGCUCAAUAUAUAAAUGAAGUAAAACGCGAUUCUGACACGCUGGAUAUCAUAAAAGACAUCCAAGCAUCGAUAAUUGACUGGGAUGUCCCUGAAGAUGCACAGCUGAAGGAUUUCGGCCGAUUACUUCGUGACGGCGAGCUCAAGGUGAAAGCUCAUGGCGACCAACGAAUUAAGGCCCGCUAUGCAUUCGUAUUCGAGCAAGUGGUAUUGAUUUGCAAAGCUGGCAGAGGAGACCAAUACUGCUACCGGGAGACUCUACGAUUAGAUGACUAUAGAUUAGAAGAUCACAUAGGACGUCGAACUUUGGGCAGAGAUUCGCGUUGGUCCUAUCAGUGGCUACUUGUACAUAAACAAGCAUACACGGCAUAUACUUUAUAUGCGAGAACAGAGGAGCAAAAGCAGAUGUGGAUAAAGGCAUUACAGGACGCGAUGGAUAACGUUAAUCCUGCAGCCUGUCGGAAUACCAAUCAUAAAUUUAAGUUGACGACAUUUGACACUCCUAAAAGUUGUCAACGUUGUGGAAAAUUCCUUAAAGGCCGUAUAUUCCAGGGCUACAAAUGCGAGACAUGUCGCCUUGCCGUACACAAGCAGUGCAUUGCGCACUCGGGUCGUUGCAUGCCUACGCCGACGUCGCCGACACCUCCACCGCCAUUACCCUGCGAACGUGCGCUCGCUGCGAAGUUAUGGUUUGUCGGGGAAAUGGGUAGAGAUGCAGCUUCCAACAAACUGGAAUCCCGCGAUGAUGGCACUUACAUGUUGCGUGUUCGUCCAACUGGACAACCACGUCUCAAACAUGAAACCAAUUACGCUCUUAGUAUCAAAGCGGAAGGGGCGGUGAAACAUAUCCGAGUAUUCAAACGGGAUGUAGACGGGGCGGAUCUAUACUAUCUCAGUGAGUCCCGAUUUUUCAAGAGCGUCGUUGAAUUGGUCGAGUAUUACGAACGAGCAUCACUCUCGGAAAACUUCGAGAAAUUAGAUCAACGUCUAUUAUGGCCUUAUCGACGUGUCUUGGCCAAAGCAUUGUUCGAUUUCCAUGGCUGCGAACGCAAUCAAUUGAGCUUACGACGUGGUUGUCGAGUCGUGGUACUGAGCAAGGAAGGUGAUGCUAAAGGAUGGUGGAAGGGUAAAAUAGGCGAUCAAAUAGGAUUUUUUCCAAAAGAGUAUGUGGAGGAGGAAUAGGACUAUAUAUAUUAAAGAUAUAUUAA